UUUUUUUUUAAUGGCACUCUCUGCGUCCACUACUGCCAAUGAAACGGUGAACUCAACUUGCCGUCCCAUCAGCUUAUCGGCGAGCGCCGAGGAGAACCUGCGAGUGUCGGCCGCCAUCGAGCGAGGCGACGCGUCCACGCUGAGGAAGCUGCUGCUGAAGCGGCCGGCGGCUUUCCGGGAGGCCGACGCCGGCGGCUGGCUGCCCCUCCACCGAGCCGCCUGCCAGCCCGACCCGGAGGUCCUGCGGACCGUCCUGACACUGGCAGGUGAGCUGAAUCUGGACGCCCGGACGGCGGAGGGCGGCGGCGAGACGGCGCUCACCUUGGCCGUCAAAGGCGGCCGCGCCGAGAAUGUCGGCGCUCUGCUGGAGGGCGGGGCCCGGCCCGACGCGCUCAACGCCAAGAACGAGUCGCCGCUGUUGCUAGCCGCGCGAGCGUCUUCGUACGAGAUGACCGGCGCGCUGGUGUCUCACGGCGCUUGGGUGGAGCAAGUGUGCGGCAAGAAGAGGACGGCGGUGCACGAGGCCGCCCGGGCGGGACACGCCGAGGUCCUCAUGCUGCUGCUCCGGAACGGCGGACGCGUCAACCACAAAGACAUCAACGGCGUCACGCCGCUCGCCGCCGCCGCCGAGCGAGGCCACGUGGCCGCCGUCGAGAUCUUGCUCAACUGCGGCAGCAAGGUGAACUCUCAGGCGUGCAACGGCGAAAGCGUUCUGCAGGACGCGGCCGGCUCGGGAAACACGCGCUGCAUUCAGCUGCUGCUGGACAACGGCGCCGACCCCAACCUGCACAGCGCCACCGGACAUCUGCCCAUCCACAAGGCCGCCUACGCCGGACACUACGAGGCGGUGAAGCUCCUGCUGCCGGUGACCAGCAAGCGGGCCCUGAAGGAGGCGGGCCAGAGCCCGGUGCACUCGGCGGCCGAGGGCGGCCAGAGCCGCUGCCUGUCGCUGCUGCUGUCGCGCGGCUUCGACGUCAACUACCGCAUGAGCGGCCGCAACGCGCAGAACUACCGCGACAUGCGGCGGAGCGCCCUCUACUUCGCCGUGUCCAACGGAGACGCCGAGUGCGCGCGGCUCCUGCUGGACGCCGGCGCCAGGACGGACCUGGACCCGCUCAGCUGCCUGCUGGUGGCGGUGCGAUCGGGGCGCCACCGCAUCGUGCGCAUGCUGCUGGACGCCAAGGCCGACGUCAACUGCUACUUCGGCGUGGUGAGCGACACGUCGUUCCCCACCGCGCUGCAGUACUGCUUGAAGGACGCCGCCAUGAUGAGGAUGCUGCUCAACGCCGGCUACGAGGCGGACAGCUGCUUCCGCUGUCGCCAUGACGACGUCUGCCGGCCGCCGUCUGACGACGACGACGACGACGAGAAGAUACCUCAGCCCGAGUGGACGCAGAUUUGCGGCGUGCUCGGAAUGACGCGCGCGCACGUGUGCUUGUGCGCAGGGAGCCCCCGCUCGCUGGCUCAUUCGUGUCGGCUGCUGAUCCGAAGACGCUUGACCCUCAAGCGACUGAACAACGCCGAGAUUAUGAACUCGCCACUUUUCCCGCCUCGACUGCGAAGUUUCAUCUUGUACCGCGAGCAGGACCUCCUCCAGGGAGAACAAGCGUGACGGCGUGACAGGAGAUUGCCCUUCGUGCUUCCCACGUGUGUAGUGUGUGUGUGACGUGUACGGGGAGUGAAGGAGCGAGCGUGCCAUGGAAACAUUAAAAAUGAGAUAUGGUGCUUCGUCACGUGGGUCUCUUUCUUUUAAUCAAAACGCACAGAUCGGUGCACUUGGAGGAGGUUGAUUGUCAUCUGGGGAACGCGGCUUACCCGUCAGCCGUUUGGAAAAUGGCGGCCAAAGACGCCAUCUUGAUCGCCGUCAACUUUGAUGGCCGCAAAGUGUUUCACUCUGUUCCGUUCUCAGUGACCAUACAGA